UUAAGGCAGAGUCAGGUACUGUAGCUCUGUGAUUUCUCGUAUUGGGCCGUUUGGCUUUAUAUUUUCCAAAAUGGCGACCUCCCUGGGUUCAAACACCUACAACAGACAGCACUGGGAAGACGCGGACUUCCCAAUUCUGUGUCAGACAUGUUUAGGGGAAAAUCCGUACAUCCGUAUGACCAAGGAGAAGUAUGGAAAAGAAUGCAAGAUCUGUGCUCGGCCCUUUACCGUGUUCAGAUGGUGCCCAGGCACACGGAUGCGUUUUAAGAAGACCGAGGUCUGUCAGACCUGCAGUAAAAUGAAGAACGUUUGUCAGACGUGCCUUCUGGACCUGGAAUAUGGUUUGCCUAUCCAGGUCAGAGACACCGGCCUCUCUGUUAAAGAUGAGGUUCCUAGGUCUGAUGUGAACAAAGAGUACUACACACAGAACAUGGAGAGAGAGAUAGCCAAUUCUGAUGGCACUCGACCAGUAGGCCAGCUUGGUAAGGCUCCAAGCUCGAGUGAUAUGUUGCUUAAAUUGGCCCGAACUACGCCAUACUACAAGAGGAACCGACCUCAUAUCUGCUCCUUCUGGGUGAAGGGGGAGUGUAAGAGAGGAGAGGAGUGUCCCUACAGGCAUGAGAAGCCUACAGAUCCUGAGGACCCUCUGGCGGACCAGAACAUUAAAGAUCGUUACUAUGGCAUCAAUGACCCAGUUGCUGACAAGUUGCUGAAGCGGGCUUCAACUAUGCCCCGGCUGGACCCACCUGAGGACAAGUCCAUCAGCACUCUUUACAUAGGAGGACUGGGAGAUACUGUAACAGAUGGAGAACUCAAGAGUCACUUCUACCAAUUUGGAGAAAUACGGACCAUUACUAUAGUCCAAAGACAGCAGUGUGCCUUCAUCCAGUUUGCCACUCGGCAGGCAGCAGAGAUGGCUGCAGAAAAGUCCUUUAACAAACUAAUCAUUAAUGGAAGGAGGCUCACUGUCAAGUGGGGAAGGUCUCAGGCAGCCAGAGGAAAGGAUGGUGGGAAGGAGGGAGUGAGUGAGAUGGGUACCAGACUGGAUCCAAUACCUGGCCUGCCUGGGGCACUGCCUCCACCACCAGCUCUAGAUGAAGAGGCUCCCGCUAACUACUUCAACCUAGACCCAAGUUCCUCGCCUGCCAUCAUGAACAUUGGUUUGCCCCCGCCGCCUGGCAUAAAUCCCCCUCCACCAGGUUAUGGCCCUCCAAUGUUUCAUCCCAUGGCCCCUCCUGUGCCCCCUCCUAUGACAAUGAGACCACCAGGUACAAUCCAUUAUCCGUCCCAGGAUCCCCAGCGUAUGGGCGCCCAUUCGGCACAUGGCUCACGCCACACCGAAUAGAUGCAAGAGUGAUGUUGGGCUGUGAUUCUCGCUUUCUCAUGUCAAACCUGGUUGGGUGUAUGCAUGUUCAAGGCUUCGUUCGGGCUGAGGACAACUUCUGGAAGAAACAUGCUGCACAGGAAUUAGUUAUCUUAUUAAAUACAACCUGCAGAGCAGCAAAUGAAUCCUGUGCCAUGAGAGGUGACAGUGAGGGUUUUACUUAAUGACUUUGGUCAUUUUAGGAUAUAUUAACAAAAAAAAAACCCAGUAAAAACAACCUCUCAACACGAGGAUACUUGUUCAAUAUGACCAGGACCAUAUGGAGCCAUUGUACAUAUAAAAAACUUAGUCUUUGGAGAAUAUUUGUCUCAUUUUGCAUUGUAUCACCUGGAGUUGUACUGAGAAGAAUUUUUAAGUCUGUGCAUUUUCAGUUACAUUUAGUUUUUUUUUUUGUUUUUUUUUAUUGGACACAAUCUUAAUAUUGAACAUCAUAUUGACUUUAUUGUAAAUUUUUCUUUACAUGUUUUCACUUCUCAUUAAAAUGACACUCUUGUCAAUAAUUA